GAAUAGAAAUCCUGGCUGUUACAUGAACAUUGUUGGCCCAAUGGUCACGGGUGGAGUCCGAUAUGUAACCGACUCCAAGUCUCAAAGCCCGAAUUUCGUCACUUUGUCGGGUGAGCGGGUCAAGAAAAUCCUUCACGCGGAUCCCUUCCCCCCCGUUUGCUGGAAGUGCUCUAUUUGCUACCAUCAAAGAUUACAACUACAGAUAUCAAGAUGGCCUAUGAACUAAAUGAGCAAAAAAGUGAGAAUUAUACCAUGCAUAAUUGCUUUUGAAGGGAUUGGGUUGGGUCUGAUUGGUUUUGGCAUUACUUUCUCAUUUCUUGGAGUCAUUCUAUUCUUCGACAGAGGUUUGCUUGCUCUUGGGAAUAUAUUUUGCUUGACUGGAGUAGCCCUUUUGCUUGGUUGGCACUCAACGUGGAAUCUCUUCACAAACAGAGCAAACUACAAGGGUUCAGCAUCUUUUCUUUUAGGACUCUUUUUCCUUUUUGUUCGGUGGCCAAUAGUUGGUAUAAUCUUUGAAAUAUAUGGUUGUAUUGUCCUAUUUGGCGGUUUUUGGCCAUCUGUCAAGGUGUUCCUGUAUCAGAUUCCAGUUUUAGGAUGGAUUAUACAGUAUCCUUUUCUGCUUCUUGAUCGCCUGUUUAGGGGCUCUGGUUGAACACCCUGUUGGUUACUGAUGUCUGCUGUUGAAGUAUUCCAGUUUCUGGUUACCUGAUGCCAUCUUUAUCCAAAGAAUGAUUAUUUGACAGCUUACUGGGUGAACAUCAAUCGAAGAAUCCUUCCUCAGAUUAGUGUAAAAGGUAAAACUACUGGAUGGGAUGUGAACAACCAUUUGGAGAGCAGCCACUUACCAUUUUCUUUAUUUUCUAUUUUUUGAUUUAACUGUAUCUGCGAAAGAGAAUGGUCUAUAGGUCGAGUGGUUCAGUCAUUUUGCCAACUGUUGUGUUCAUGUCCUCAACAGCCCAAAAUUUAAGGUUUGAGGAAUGAUGAGCCAAAAAUCCUUUGAUAAAAAUUCUAAAAGUACUUGAAUGUGAGCUACUGAAGCAAA